AUGAUGCGACCGAGAGACCCUCGAGUCAGGCAGACAAUCAACCAGAUUUCAUAUAAUCUCGAGUCCGCAAAUGAGUCAGCGCAGGAGAGGAUUUAUACAUUUUCACAUAACUAUAUAUUCCCUUGUUUCACGUCAAUUGGAAACUGUCUCAGCUCAUGCACUGCGCCCUGUCUCUCCACCCAUGAAGACCACAGACGCCGCCAUCGCCGUCGCUACCCAGAUUUCGACUUUUACGACGACUGGGAGAAUGAAGAAGCGGAUGAUACGAUUUUAGGAUGGGGUACAGACGAACUAGACCGUCUGUUGGCUGGGAGCGGGCUAGUGCGGGGAGGUCCCGACCAGCCUCGCAGGCAGCGGAGGAUGAGCUAUGGUGCCCGUCGCGCAAGUAGGAGGAAAAGCGGACUUCUGAUACCGGAUGAGCGCGAUGAUCCUACUGUUAUUCCGAGCUCGUCAUUUCUGGGAUUCCUCGAGCGAUUCCCUUGGCGAUUUGGCGCGCGGGGUCUGAAAUAUAGGCCCUCUGCCGCUGACCUUCAAGAACACCCAACGGGGCUACGAGAAGUACACGAGCAGGAUCCUCUAAUUGAAGAGAGCGAGGAGACCGGCGAAGGGCCCGUGGAUGGCAACAAUGGGAGGUAUCGCAGUGCAACACAGUCAUCCCGCGAAACCGCAAACUCUCUCAGCUCCCGAGGGGAUUUAAUCAUGAGCGACGAGGAGGAGGACGCGGUACCCUUGGACGAUGAAUUUGCUAUGGCCUUGGCCCGACGGGGCACAGGACUGGAGUCGGAUGACCAGGAAGGGAGUAAGCCCGACAGCAUGAGGUCUAUCUCUGGUACAUUCAGCAUAGCACCCACCACAUCUUCAAAGAGCUCGAAAAACAAAAAGAAGAAAAAGAAGCGAUCCAGUCGAAUGCGAUCGCCUCCAAGCUCCUUCGCAGAUCUCUCCCGCGAUAUGGCAUCAAUAUCGAUUGACGAUUUAAAGAGAGAGGAUGAGCAGGCUGCACGGGAAGAAGAGUUGGAAAUUGUACAAAAACGGCUCGCCGCGCGGCAACUGGCUUUGCACCGGGGCAUGGGUAUAGAGGACGUCAAGGUGUGCUCAGAAACAACCGCGACUCAACCAGUAUUUGCAAGCUGA